CCGCUCCGCCGGGCGCUGCUGCUGUGGCAGCUGCUGGCGGCGGGCGGUGCGGCGUUGGAGAUCGGCCGCUUCGACCCGGAGCGCGGGCGCGGACCCGUGCCGUGCCAGGCGGUGGAGAUACCCAUGUGCCGCGGCAUCGGCUACAACCUGACCCGCAUGCCCAACAUUCUGGGCCACGCGUCACAGGGCGAGGCGGCCGCCGAGCUGGCCGAAUUCGCGCCGCUGGUGCAGUACGGCUGCCACAGUCACCUGCGCUUCUUCCUGUGCUCGCUCUACGCGCCCAUGUGCACAGACCAGGUCUCGACGCCCAUCCCCGCCUGCCGGCCCAUGUGCGAGCAGGCGCGCCUGCGCUGCGCGCCCAUCAUGGAGCAGUUUAACUUUGGCUGGCCGGACUCACUGGACUGCGCUCGGCUGCCCACGCGCAACGACCCGCACGCUCUCUGCAUGGAGGCCCCGGAGAAUGCAACAGCUGGCCCCGCCGAGCCCCACAAGGGCCUGGGCAUGUUGCCUGUGGCGCCGCGGCCCGCAAGGCCCCCGGGCGACGCAGCCCUGGGACCGGGUGGCGGCACUUGCGAGAACCCCGAGAAGUUCCAGUACGUGGAGAAGAGUCGCUCCUGCGCGCCGCGCUGCGGCCCCGGCGUCGAGGUGUUCUGGUCAAGGCGUGACAAGGACUUCGCGCUUGUCUGGAUGGCUGUGUGGUCAGCGUUGUGCUUCUUCUCCACGGCCUUCACUGUGCUUACCUUCCUGCUGGAGCCUCACCGCUUCCAGUACCCCGAGCGCCCUAUCAUCUUCUUGUCCAUGUGCUACAACGUCUACUCGUUGGCCUUCCUCAUCCGCGCGGUGGCCGGCGCCCAGAGCGUAGCCUGCGACCAGGAGGCGGGCACGCUCUAUGUGAUCCAGGAGGGCCUGGAGAACACGGGCUGCACCCUGGUCUUCCUGCUGCUCUACUACUUCGGCAUGGCUAGUUCGCUGUGGUGGGUGGUGCUGACACUCACCUGGUUCCUGGCUGCCGGCAAGAAGUGGGGCCACGAGGCCAUUGAGGCCCACGGCAGCUACUUCCACCUGGCAGCGUGGGGGCUGCCAGCCCUCAAGACCAUCAUCAUCCUGACCCUGCGCAAGGUGGCAGGGGAUGAGCUGACUGGGCUCUGCUACGUAGCCAGCAUGGACGCAGCUGCGCUCACCGGCUUUGUGCUGGUGCCCCUCUCCUGCUACCUGGUGCUGGGUACCAGCUUCCUCCUGACUGGCUUUGUGGCUCUCUUUCAUAUCCGCAAGAUCAUGAAGACAGGUGGCACCAAUACAGAGAAGCUGGAGAAGCUAAUGGUCAAGAUUGGGGUCUUCUCCAUCCUCUACACUGUGCCCGCCACCUGUGUCAUUGUUUGCUACGUCUAUGAACGCCUCAACAUGGACUUCUGGCGCCUUCGGGCCACAGAGCAGCCAUGCACAGCAGCCAGUGUGCCAGGGGGGCGGAGGGACUGCUCACUGCAAGGGGGCUCGGUGCCCACUGUGGCUGUGUUUAUGCUCAAAAUUUUCAUGUCACUGGUGGUGGGCAUCACCAGUGGCGUCUGGGUAUGGAGCUCCAAAACUUUCCAGACAUGGCAAAGCCUGUGCCACCGCAAAAUGACAGCGGGACGGGCGCGGGCUAAGGCCUACCGGGCACCUGGGGGCUAUGGCCGCGGCACCCACUGCCACUAUAAGGCCCCCACUGUGGUCUUGCACAUGACUAAGACAGAUCCCUCUCUAGAGAACCCCACACACCUCUAGGGACACAGGCCUGUGCAGGGCGGCUGUUGCCCUGCCUCACCUCUCCCCCUCCUGAGGAGACAGCUGACUAGCAGCUGCCCAGCUGUCAAGGUCAGGCAAGUGAGUGUGAGGGGCCCAAGGACCAGGGUGGGGAGAUGGUUUUAAGCCUUGUCAGAAGCCAGUGAGGCUCACUCCCCUAUUGCCCAGUGCAGGGAGUGAGCCUGGCUGAUUCCCAUGGGUGUUGGGGGAGCAUGUGAGAGGAGGGGCAGGAGGGUGCAUGGUCCAGCAGGGAGUUUAUUUAAUGAUGUAAUUUAUUGUUGCGUUUCUCUGGAAGCUGUGACUGGAAUAAACCCCCCAUGUGGCAAUGCUGAGUCCUGUCUGGGCUGGGAAGGGAGUCUCGGU